AUGAGUAUUUUAUUUGCUUUUUUUUAUCUAAUAACUAUUAUAUUUUCAUUAUUGACUAUUAUAAUUAUUGUACAUCAUUGUCAUUCUCAACGUUGGUCAAUUGUUAGUCUUUUAACAUGCAAUUCUUGUAUUAGUCUUCUAGUUUAUACGAUUAGUUUUUGUAUACAAUUUUCAUCAUUAAUUCAAAAUACUUCUCUUAAUUCAGAGAAUAAAAAUAAAUUUUCUUGUAAAAUCGUUGCUUGUUUAGGAACAUUUGGUGUUACAAUUCUAUCGUAUUCUUCUAUGAUUCAAGCGAUAUCUCGUUUUUUUAUUAUAAUUCUUUACAAAUAUCAAAUUCUUCUUACUUUUCGUAUUCAUUGGAUAAUGAUCAUUAUUAGUUGGAUAGUUAGUGGUAUUAUUGCUGGUAGUUUACUUAUUUCACCAGUAGCUUAUCAAUAUGAAGAUGAAUCUCGUGUAUGUGCUUUGACAAGAAAAAAUUUUCUCAUAUCAUUUCUAUCUAUUAUCUUCAUUUUUAUAUUUCCAAUGAUUAUAAUAACUAUUCUCUAUGGAAUUAUUAUUUGGCAUAUAAAACAACAUAAUCGUAUUGAUGUGAGAAGUACAAAUAUAUUACGAGCGAAGAGAAAUAUAACAGUGUUUAAGAAUAUUUUUAUUUUUACAAGUAUUCUUGGAAUCGGUGGUACACCUUAUUUAAUCUCUACGAUUGUAAAUCGAAUAGUACCAAUUCCAUGGCCAUUAUAUUCUAUUUCAUUUUUAUUCAUUGCAUGUACUUCUGCUAUUGGAUCCAUAGCAAUUUUACUUACAAAUGUACAAUCUAAAGCAAUUUUCUGUACUAAAUUUCGUCGUCGUUGUCGUCAAGGAAUUGUAAUAAAAAAGCCAAGAAAUAAAAAAUUAAUUAAAAUCAAUCCAAUUGCAGUCUAUUAUAAUAAAACAGAUGAAAUUGAAAUAUUACCAGCGAACAAUUAG